AUGCCGAUCACGCUCCUCAUGACUGUCGCGCUGAAGAGUUCCUGCGCGGACUGCGUGAACAGCAGUCGACGGGGGACGUUCUGCGAUGUCGUUCUGAAGGGCUGCGAAAAGUCCGCGCCCGGCAUUCCCUGCCAUCGGAGCGUCCUCGGCGUGCACAGCGCCUAUUUUCGGGCCGUCUUCACGCAGGACUGGAAAGACUCAUCGCAGCCUGUCUUCCAGCUGCGCAACAUCGACAGUUACACCUUGAACGAGGUGGUCAAGUAUGCGUACACGCUAGACCUGAGCCUUGACGCUGACAACGUGCAGUCCAUCCUGGAAGCGGCAGAAUUCCUGCAGAUGGCUGCCGUGGCCGGACUGUUGGACAUCCAUGCUCUGGCAUCUCAACACCAUACCACCCAUAUGGUCGAGGCCGCUCUGGGCCUGAUCCGUCGACACUUUCUCCUGUUCACUCAGCGGCCAGACUUUCUCCAAAUGGACGCGCAGCAGCUGAUUGCGCUGAUCGCAUCGGACGACGUGGACGUGCCCAGUGACGACCAAGUGUUGGAGGCGGUGAUCCGUUGGGUGGAUCACGACCGUCCCGGACGAUCGGUGCAUCUGCUGGCCGUUCUGCAGGUGGUUCGUGUUCCGUUUUUGAGCGACCAGGGUCGGCAGGAAUACGCGCUGGCUCUUUCCUGUGCACCGGCCGUGAUGCCGGAGGGGCCAUCCGCGUUGGGCCGUGAAUUGACCGAGGGGACUGCCACAACGAAACAGACGAACCCGCGGCAUUCAGUGGGUGCACCGGAAGUAAUCUUGUGCGUUGGUGGAUGCAGCAUGGAACAAAUGUACGAGCUGGGCGUUUCGGUGGACGUCUUCAGCCCCUCGAUACCGGCAGUCUGGCGCCUGAAAGAGUUGCCAGUAGACGUCGAACAAUGCGGCGCAGUGAUGCUGGACGCUAGGGGAAAUGAACAGUGUCACGUGGAAGUGUACGAUCGUGUAUCCAAUCAGUGGCUUACGAAAGGAGAUACGCUUAUGCCGCGCAACCAAUUCGGAUGUGCCAGUGUGAAUGGGAAGCUGUACGCUCUCGGUGGAUACGGUACCGGUGGUCCAGAGUGUCAUGACAGCAUCGAAGUGUACGACGAAGCCGCCGACCGCUGGGAGCUGCACGCGUGCCGCUUGCCGCAAGGCAAGUCGCACUUCGGCUGUGCCAUGAUGCAGCUGAAACGCGAUCAAAGGGAACGUGGGCAGCCGCGGGCCCAAUAA